AUAUACACAGGCUUUAGACAAUAACAAAUAGAGCAGGUGCAGACAAUAUUGACAAGGCCAUAGAAGACGAUGCAGGCUUUGCAACUAAGUAGAGAGCAACGGUUGUCAAUAAUAACACUUCCAAAGCCACAGAUAGUAAAUCCAACAGACGUUCAAAUUAGGGUUGCAUUCUGCGCUGUGUGUGGUACAGACCUUCACAUUAUAAAAAAACAUGUGAUUCCGUUUGAGAAAUUCGAGUAUGAAUCGAGAAUCCUCGGACAUGAAUUCACAGGAAUUGUAACCGCUAUUGGAGAGACUGUACGUAGUGUAUGCAUAGGAGAUAGGGUUGCAAUUGAUCCCAACACCAGCUGCGGGCGUUGCAAAUUCUGUCUAAGGGGACGUCCGAACCAUUGUGAAAAAUAUGGGAAAAUGCUCAAUAGAUCGAAUGGUGGCCUCGCCGAGUAUGUGGUAAUAUCAGAGCCCCAGGUCUACAAGCUGAGCAAAGAUGGUGGGUUAGGACUCGCAGAGGGUGUCAUCUGUGAGCCGAUGUCUUGUAUAGUCAGAGGUUGGGAUAUUAUCAAAUCUAGAGCUUCCAGUGAUUCCAGAGUUUUGAUAAACGGAGCGGGUAUCAUUGGCUUACUAUGGACAUCGAUGUUGUAUAUGAAAGGCUUCCGAAACAUCACCGUAUCAGAACCAUCCGAGUUCAGAAGAGAAAUCACCAGGAAACUCGGGUUGAACAUCAAAGUUAGAUCACCCACUGAUAGCAAUCAAUGGACAGAUCGUUAUGACCUGAUGGUGGAUUGCAGCGGUUCUUCCAAGGCGAUUGAAGCUGGUCUCGAGCGUAUGGAGUACGGUGGUGCUGUAAUGAUGUUUGCUGUGUACGCCAAGGAUAGUCAACUGCAACUGGACUUGUCUUAUAUCCAGAAAAGGGAACUCACAGUUAUGGGAUCAAUUAUAGACCCAUUCACAUACAAACGGAGCGUCACACUUGUUGAAGAUAUGUACAAGUCAAAUAUGUUAAACUUUGACAAAUUAGGAGUGAAAGUUUAUUCUUUCGAAGAUUUUGAAGCAGCAUUUAAAGAUUUGGAUGAGAGGACCAUCUCAAAAGCUGUGUUCAAAAUUCAGUGACCAGUUAAUCAAACAUUAAACUGCAGAACACACUAGAUAGUAUCGAUAAGAGUAUUUCUCGAUUCAGCCAUUGCUUUUAGCUUAUGGGAUCUAUGAUGAAUAAAAAAGAAAUGAGACAACAUUUUUAAAUAUACUUUUCAUAUGAGAGGUUUAGCAGCAUAAACGAUUGUAAAGGGUUGUACAAUAAAGAUUGUACUGGAUUUGUACUUGUUACUUUAUUUUGCUGCAGAUUGGUUUUGCCAAGGGCACCAUACUAAUUAGAAAUAUAUUUUAUAGAUUGAAUCGAUAGCUUGUUAUGCAUAAUGUACAAAUACUAUGACGAAAAACAUAGGAACCUCCAUAUGAAGGGGAGAGAUUAAAAUUGUGCGUUGUAUUUCGCUUCAUUUUUCCCUUUCUCUAAUUUUACA